AUGCCCAACAGGCAGAUCAUUCAGGUAUUUGAGGAAUACCAAAGGGCCCGUGUCAAGUUUGUACAGACGGUGGCAGAUUUUGCUUCAAAACCACAACAUAUUGAUGCCUUGCAGCAGGCCGGUGUCAUGCAACUUCUUCGGCCACUGUUAUUAGAUAAUGUACCUUCCAUUCAACAGUCCGCAGCACUUGCAUUGGGAAGGCUUGCCAAUUACAAUGAAGAACUUGCGGAAAGUGUCGUGUCCGGUGACAUACUCGCGCAAUUGGUUUAUUCACUCGGUGAUCAGAGCCGUUUUUACAAAAAGUCAGCAGCGUUUGUGUUACGCAGCGUGGCACGACAUAAUGCGCAACUGGCGCAGGCGGUGGUGGGCAGUCAAGCCGUGGAGGCCCUCGUUGGAUGUUUGGAGGAUUUUGACCCAACGGUGAAGGAAAGCGCCGUAUGGGCGUUGGGUUAUGUGGCACGACAUAAUGCCCAUCUCGCGCAGGAGGUUGUUGACAAGGGCGCCAUUCCGCCAUUGGUAUUAUGCGUUCAGGAGCCGGAGCUUUCACUCAAGAGGACAGCGGCUUCAACACUCGCGGAUAUUGCGAAACAUUUACCGGAACUUGCGCAAGCGGUGGUGGAUCAGGACGCGGUUACGCACCUCGCGCCACUCAUUGGCAGCAAUGAUGGAAAACUGAAGCGACAGGUGUGUCAGUGUCUUGCGCAGAUUGCGAAGCACAGCGUGGAGUUGGCAGAGUUGGUGGUGGAGGGAGAAAUAUUUCCCCGUAUAUUUUCGCUACUGAAGGAUAGCGAUGAAACGGUACGCAAGAAUGCCUCCACAUGUAUUCGGGAGGUUGCCAAACACACACCGGAGUUAGCGCAGCUUAUUGUAAAUGCGGGUGGCGUUGGAGCACUCGUAGACUACACAAAUGAGUCUACUGGCAGCGCACGGUUGCCGGGAAUUAUGACACUCGGUUACAUUUCUGCAUUUUCUGAGACGCUCGCUCUCGCUGUCAUUGUCUCCUGUGGUAUUGAGCCAUUGUCUAAUGCACUGGAAAAGGAACAGGAGGAUCACAUAAAGUCUGCGGCCGCAUGGUCACUUGGGCAAAUUGGCCGUCACAGUGCUGAUCAUGCAAAAGCUGUGGCAGACUGUAAUGUACUUCCCAAACUGCUUGACCUCUACUUACAUCCCAGCAGUUCGGAUGAUCUCCGCAUGAAAAGUAAGCGGGCGCUCAAAAAUAUCAUUCAGCGCUGCGUACAACUCCCCGCCUUGGAGCCAUUGCUCCACCCGGAAGCACCAAAGAAUGUUCUCAAGUACGUCUGUGGACAGUUUGCAAAGGUGUUACCAACAGAUAUCGCCGCCAAACGGGAGUUCGUAGCUAACCGUGGGCUUGCAACUGUGCAGCGCAUUCAACCCGAACCCGGUUCCAAACUGGCGGAGUAUAUUCAAAGCAUCAACAACUGCUACCCACCUGAGAUUGUUCAAUACUACUCGCCGCAGUAUGCGCAGACAUUCUUGGAGAAAAUAGAAAACUACCAUGUCCAACAAGUGCAGCAGCAUUAA